GGCGUCGAUGGCUUUGCAGGUACAAUUCGAACCGCAGUUUGUUGCUCGCGAUUGGCCAGAAGUGUUGCAAUUUGCUUUCGCCCAGAACCCAGAACUUAGGACGUUAUGGCUCUAGUGCUCAGAUACGUUCAUCAAGGCUUCCAGUACUAUCACGAAACUCAAGAUCCACGAACAACGGACUUGUUUAUAAUAAAUCCUCCAUGGCUGCCAGUUGCACUCGUUGGUGGAUACCUCUACUUUGUCCUUAAUUUGGGACCAAAGCUUAUGAAGGAUCGGAAACCGUUCAACCUUCGAACGCUUCUCCUCGUUUACAACGUUUUACAGGUUGCAGCGAAUGUUUAUUUGGCUUGUUAUGGCACACAUAUUUUGCUUUCAAAAGGUUGGACCUGGUCUUGUCAGCCAUUUGAUAAGUCUACCAGUAAAUUAGCUAUGCGUGAGGUUCAGCUGGCGUACUGCUACAUCUUGCUCAAGUUGGCCGAUUUGUUCGACACGGUUUUCUUCGUGCUGCGCAAAAAGCAAAGCCACGUGUCCUUUCUGCACGUGUAUCACCACGCGGUGAUGGUGCUCGUUCCGUUCAUCUUUAUGCGCAACUAUCCCACUGGACACUGCUCGAUGCUGGGACUGCUCAACACGUACGUUCACGCGGCGAUGUACUUUUACUUCUUCAUGACGGUGUACCGACCGGAACAAGUCAAGGAUGUCCGCUGGAAGAAGUACCUGACGAUGAUGCAGAUGGGACAGUUUGUGGCGCUUGCGGUGUACUUUGGACAGCCGGCCCUGCGGGGACUGGACUGUGGCAUUCCAGUCUACUGGUUCUGGUUGGGGAUGGUUCAGGCCGUGUUUAUGUUUGCGAUGUUUGCUGAUUUCUACAAGAAGGCAUAUCUGAAGCGGAAAAUUAAGUAAGGUUUUGUUCAAAUGUUACGAUUACAGAUUACCGGGAAUUCCAGAGCCCCCCCGCCUCCCACCCCCCUAUUACGA